GGCCGCCUCUGCCCGGCAUGGCUUUCCCCGGUCUCUCCCGAGAGGCCGUCCUGGUCGGGGCGGCGGCUCUGGGGGCGGCGCUGGCGGUGGGCUUCCUCGCGGGCAGAAGACGCUGUUCCGAAUUAUUCGCCUCUGGCACAUCCAGCAAUUCCUGCAGCCUCUUACAAGGGAACAGUCACCUGCACAAAUACGUACUGGAUCACUCUGUACGAGAGCACCCUCUUUUAAAGAAGCUGAGAUUGGUUGCAUCAGCUCUUCCUGAUAAAAAACUGUGGGUGUCUCGUGAUCAGGCCCAGUUUGUGGCAAAUCUGAUCAGGGUCAUUGGAGCAAAAAAGGUAAUUGAGAUAGGAGUUUCUGCUGGCUACAAUACUUUAAGCAUGGCUCUAGUCCUACCAGAAGAUGGCAGAAUUGUUGCCUGUGAGAUAAAUGAAGAUUUAGCCAGUAUUGGAAAGCCACUGUGGAAAGAGGCCAGAGUGCUACAUAAGAUUGAUCUAAGGAUAAAACCAGCCAUUGAAACAUUAGAUGAAGUUCUGGCAAAUGGUGAAACUGGAACGUUUGACCUCGCUUUCAUCCAUGCAGACAAGGAGAGUUACAACGAUUACUACGAAAAAUGUUUAUGGCUCAUAAGAAAAGGGAAGAUAUUAGUUCUUGACAAUGUUUUGUUAUCAGGGAAAGUACUUAAGCCAGGUAAAAGUGAUUGUGCAGCCCAACACAUUCAUCAGUUGAAUGAAAAAAUCUUCCAUGAUCCACGUGUGAACAUAAGUAUGAUCCUGAUUGGAAAUGGGAUAACAUUAGUAUUUAAGCUAUAGUAAAGGAGGAGGAGGAAGGUGGGAUGUGCUGAGCACUCUCAAUCAUCAGGGAUAAUAAAUUAGAAAUGCAAGAA